UGUCACUACGUGCACCAGUGCUGGUCUGUCGGAGCUAAUCUACAGUGUGCUGGGGCAGAACUGCAGUUGAGGUUGAUCUCUUGUAUAAUGUUUUGCUGAAUCGGAUCGCUUAUUACUCAUCUUAAAUCCAACACUCAGAAACAGAAGGGGCAAGCAUGCUGCGCGUCUGUUGGAAAGGGGCACAUGCAGCGGCGCGGCAAUGUGUGUGUGGUAAAGUGACGACCUAUCCAUUGCAGCACUGCCGCAGAUACACCGCCACUGGAGACUACGGAUCUACUGCUGGGAAAAUUGUGGCUGCCAGUCUUUUAACCAUCAGUGGAGGUCUUGGUGGUACAAUCCUUUAUGCCAAAUGGGACCCCAAAUUUCGGGCAAAUGUAGAGAAGAGUGUUCCCUACUCUGAUCAACUAUUUGAAAUGACGCUCGGCCCACCUCCUCCUCCACUCGUCCCUUUACAAAAGAAACCGGGAAAGAUUGAACCCCUGCAAAUAUCCUCAUUACCAGAAGCCACUAAGGAGUCAAAGCAGCCCAGAGCCAAAGUGAAGAAGCCUGACCCAGCACCAGUGGAAGCUCCACCUGCCGUAGAGGAAGCUCCAGCACCAACCACACAGACACUAGAGGAAACCUCAGCCUCGGUGGCUCAUAUUAUUUCAGCUAUGAGCGAGGUGCCCUCUGUUCCCGCGCCAGGUACAAGCGAUGAAACCCCACAUGAAGCCCCAGUCUCAGCCCCCCUGGCAGCUGAAGAGUGUAAGGAGUGCUCUCAUCAUGAGCCUGUGCUGAAGGAGAGACCAGCAGAGGAAGUGACCGCUCGACUGGCUGAACAGGACAAAGCUGAGCAGGAUGCUCUGACAGCUCUGACUGCUGAACUGGAGGAAACACUGGGCAGUUCAGCGAAGGUCACACUGCAGGCCAUCGGAGCUCAGGAGGCCGCACUGUCCGCCAUUGCCACACACACACACAAACUCAAAGAGGCAAUGGACUCCCAGACCCCUCCUGAUGAGAAGUCUGCUCAGUGGAAAGCACUGAAUGAGGCUCUGAGUGAGAGGACCCGAGCCGUGGACGAGGCUGGAGAAGUCCUAUUUAAAGCCAAAGGAGAGCUCGAGAAACUUCGUGGAGUGAUCAACAGCGCUAAGGAAUCCAAGAUUGACUCAGCAAGGCCGCAUAUCCUGGCUGCGGAGGAGAACUUGCACAGCAUGAUUGUGGAUCUGGAUAAUGUUGUAACCAAGGUGCAGACGGCGCAGUCGGAGGCGAAGAUCGUUUCUCAGUACAGUGAGCUGGUGAACGAGGCCAAAGCUCAGUUCCAAAAGGAACUCGCCAGCAUCACACCUGAGAUCCAGGCCAACUGGAGAGGACUCACGGGAAAGCUGAGUGCCGACGAUCUGAACUCUUUGAUCGCCCAUGCUCACCGGCGCAUCGAUCAGCUGAACCGCGAGCUGGCAGAGCAGCGGGUGAGGGAGCAGAUCCACAUCGAGACGGCUCUAGAACAACAGAAGCUGGAGAAUAAGAAAGCUCUAGAGAGAGCCGUGGUCUCUGCCAUAGAGCACAGCCGUGAAGACAUGAGACUCGAGCAGGAGAAGAAGGUGCAGGAGAUGCGUGAGGUGAUGGAGGCUGAGAUGAGGACACAACUGCGUCGUCAGGCUGCUGCACACACAGAUCACCUGCGGGACGUGUUGAAGGUUCAGGAACAAGAGCUACGCGAGGAGGCCCAGGAGAUUCUGAGCAGUAAGAUGAUGGAGCAGGAGACUCAUUACCGCAGGCUGACUCAAGAACAGCUGGACACCUUUACUCUGGACAUGAAUGCAGCUUAUGCUCGGCUGAAGGGCAUCGAGGAGGCCAUAGACAGUCAUGUGAUUGCUGAAGAGGAGGCCCGUAAAGCUCAUCAGCUGUGGCUGUCUGUGGAGGCUUUGAACUAUACUUUCAAGUCAGCAGGUGCUGAUUCCCCCACCGAGCCUUUAGAGGGCGCUGUAUAUGCUAUUAAAGAGAGCUGUGCGGAAAAUGAGUUCGCUCAGGCAUUGGCCACAGCUAUUCCCGAAGAGUCUCUCAGCCGAGGGAUCUACAGCGAAGCUUCACUUCGCGCACGUUUCUACGGCAUCCGCCGGCUUGCACGACGCGUGGCACUCAUCGACGAAACGCGCAACAGCCUUUACCAGUACUUCCUGUCGUACAUACAGUCCAUCCUUUUGUUUGAGAGAGAGCAGGAAGCACCACCUGCUAAACUAGCACCCGAAGAUCUCGACACUUUCAAGCUGCUUGCCUACGCUACUUACAGCAUCGAGCGCGGCGACCUGGAACUUGCCGCUAAAUUCAUCAACCAAUUGCGCGGCGAGUCACGCCGUGUGGCGCAGGACUGGCUCAAAGAAGCCCGGCUCACUCUAGAAACAAAGCAGGUUAUCAGCCUGCUAUCAGCAUAUGCUAAUGCUGUGGGAUUGGGUACCACACAGGCUCCUUAGCCUCACCCAAUACCAGCCACGCCCACCCUGUGGAGAUUAUGUAAAUUAUGAGGAGUGUCACUUGACCUCUGUUAAAGGAAUCAUUCACCCAAAAAAUAGAUAUGGAAAUUCUGUCAUUAUUUACUCACCCUUGUGUCGUUCCAAAGUUUAUUCUGUCAUAGCUCGCAUCAUAGCCUGUGCUAGUGACCAGAUCAUUGACGGCGUCAUUGAUGCUAAAAUGACUUUAGUUUGAGUGUAGUAACUGCACGCAACUCGCCAUCUUCGGCGGAGAACGAUUAUCAGUGAAUAAAGGUGUAAAUUUCAGUCUGUUCAUCAAACAAAGUAUUGAAUGGCUUCAGAAGACUUGGAAUAUAGUAUAGUAUGUACUACUUUUAUGUUGCUUUAGUAUGUUUUAAUGUUCUUUUUGAAGCUUGAAAGAUGUGAUCACUAUGAACUGUCUUCCGAUUUUUGUGUUCCACAAAAAAAUGACUGAAAAUAAGUGAGUAAAUAAUGACAGCAUUUCCAUUUUUGAGUGAACUAUUCCUUUAAUGGAACCUGCUGCUCCUCAGAUUAAUUUAUAAAUAUGUUGUGUGCCAGCCAAAAUUUUUUUUUUUUAUAUUAUUAUUUGUCCAAAGCACUUUUGCAGGAAGGCUCUGCCCUUAAAGCAGUUCUUAAGUGGCCUAACAUCCAGACCAACCUGUGCGGAAUGUCUGAAUGUACCUCACAUGCGGAAAAUGGAUCUCAAGGGUUUAACUGCAGUUGGCAAUGGCACUCCUCAGUGUAUAUGACGCACCCGACGCUGGUUAGUACAAAGUGUGCAUUUAGCAGCUAGAGCGGCCUGUCGGGAGCGUGAAACUAACCUGUUCACUGUUUGAAAAUUCACAUGUAACGCUUCAGAGUCACAGUUAUAUUUACUUGUUGUUUAUUAACCAGACUGUUGAGAAUAAUCAGUCCUUCUCUAAUUCAGUAUUGGACAUCAAUAAAUCAUGGUUGUUGAAAAGAA